GUGCAAUGUUUACAAAGUUACCAAGUGGUUGUUUUGAAAAGCCGUGGCUAGAUGAUUUGGAUAGUAAAAAUGAUCCAGACGAAACACUGCAACAGCAAUACGAGUAUAUCUACAAAAGUAGUUCUGUGGUCAGGGAAAAAAUUAGACUUGUACGAAAUUACUCAGUGCCGCUCCCCGUGUACCCAGUACAAUUUGGCGAUUUGCGAAUUGCUAAAUUAAAAGUAUCGCAAUUCUUCAGCAAU